AUGAGUGACUCACAGAAUUGGUCAUCGUUUGAAGAGCUUGAAGCAUCCAAGCGUCCUCAUGGCGUGAUAAAGCAGAUAGAUGCUGUCAAAAAUGACGAGAAUACUAUCAAGAAAAGAGAAAAUGGAAUGAGUGCCUUAAUGGAGCCCGUACUGCUGCGUAGCAUGCGAAAUCGUCUCAUCUUUGGUAGCUUGGUUGGUUUUGUCACGGGUGCCACCUUUGGAGGCAUUGACGGAGCCAAGUUAUAUAUGAAACAGCAUGGGAAACUAGCACCUGCUGCAUUACAUACUAUUGCGCGUGGAGCUGCCGUAACGGGAGGAGCUUUUUCAGGGUUUUUCUUUCUCUAUUGCGGCAUCAAAACUGCGCUGACAACACAGCGAGAGGACGAUUUGACUAGUGCUGGUAUUUCAACACUGUUGGCUGGACUUCCGUUCAUGCGGUCCACGGUAAUGAAGCAGAACGUUCCGUACGCUCUCAUGCUCGUGGCGCUCGAACAUUUUCAUGAGGAGCUUAGCGAAUACCGUAAAUAA